AUGUCUACCUUUGGCUACAGAAGAGAGCUCAGUAAAUAUGAAGACAUUGAUGAAGAUGAGCUCCUUGCUUCCCUCACUGAAGAGGAGCUGAAGGAGCUGGAGCGGGAGCUGGAAGACAUAGAGCCUGACCGUAACCUUCCAGUGGGACAACGGCAGAAGAGCCUGACAGAGAAAACACCAACAGGGACUUUCAGCCGGGAAGCGCUGAUGGCCUACUGGGAGAGGGAGACCAAGAAACUCUUAGAAAAAGAGAGAUUGGGUGCAUGCGACAAGGACUCUGAGCAAGAAGAAGACAAUUCAGAAGACAUUAAAGAAGAAUAUUUCACAGAAAGCAAUAGUGAAGUGUCUGAGGAGGCAUAUACUGAAGAGGAUGAGGAUGAAGAAAAAGAAGAAGAAGAAGAAGAAAAAGAAGAAGAAGAAGAAGAAGAAGAAGAAGAAGAAGAAGAAGAAGAUGAGGAGGAGGAAGAUGAAGAUGACAAUGAGGAUGAGGAUGAGCAAAAGCAAAGUGCUGCAUCUGAUGAAAGACCUGAGGAUAGCAGGAGUUCUGACCACAUCAGACGCAAAAAGUAUAAUGGUGCAAAGGAUAAUGAAAACUUACUCAAUGGCCAUGAUGGGAAAGACACUGAUAAUCUGAGCUCAAAGAGCAGUGCCAUCCACCCUUGUGGAAAUCCAACUGUUAUUGAGGAUGCAUUGGAAAAAGUUAGGAGCAAUGACCCUGAGACCACAGAGGUCAAUCUGAACAACAUUGAAAACAUCACUUCACAGAUGCUUAUACAAUUUUCUCAAGCUCUGAGGGACAACACAGUGGUUAAGUCAUUCAGCUUGGCUAACACACAUGCUGAUGACAAUGUUGCAAUAGCUAUUGCUGGUAUGUUAAAGGUAAAUCAGCAUAUAACUAGCCUGAAUAUUGAGUCAAAUUUUAUCACAGGCAAAGGAGUACUGGCCAUCAUGAGGGCUUUGCAGAACAACAAGGUUCUAACAGAACUGCGGUUCCAUAAUCAAAGGCACAUCAUGGGCAGCCAGGUGGAAAUGGACAUAGUUAAACUGCUGAAAGAGAACACCACUCUGGUCAAGCUUGGAUACCACUUCGACCUUCCUGGCCCAAGAAUGAGCAUGACAAGUAUCCUGACAAGAAAUAUGGAUAAACAAAGGCAAAAGCGUAUGCAGGAGCAGCGGCAACAAGAGUCUGGUUGUGAUGGAGCCAUCAAUCCAAAGACCAAAGUCUUGCAGAAAGGGACACCUCGGUCCUCACCUUAUGUGUCACCAAAGAGCUCACCUUGGUCCUCUCCAAAUCUCCCUAGGAAAGCACUGCCAGUGAAAACUCAGCCACCAGCUCCUGCACCUCCACCUCCCCCUCCACCCCCACCUCCUCCUCCUCCUCCCCCAGUUAUUCCAGAGAAGAAGGCACCAACCAGGAAUAUAGCUGAAGUCAUCAAACAGCAAGAACGCUCAAGAAAAGCCUUACAGAAUGGACAGAAAAAGAAAAAAGGCAAAAAAAGCAAAAAACAUGAGAACAGCAUAUUGAAAGAAAUCAAAGAUUCUCUAAAAUCAGUCUCAGACAGAAAAUCAGAGGAAGGUUCACGACCCUCCACCCGUCCCUCCACCCCACAAAGGUCUCUCCAUGACAACCUUAUGGAAGCAAUUCGGGCAAGCAGCAUAAAGCAAUUAAGGCGGGUGGAGGUACCAGAAGCCCUUCGGUGAAAGCCUGGACAACGGAAGAAGCAGAGCACUGCGGUGGCCAAGGGGAGGCUGCUCAUCCAUUCACUGGUGGUAAAAUAGACUGUGUAGCAAGCUGCUUCUGAAGUACACUAUUAGAUUCAAACCAUUUCUCUUUUAUUUCAAGGAAAUAAACCCGCUAAAUACAAAACAAUGCUUUAAGGAUACAUUUGCCCUGUAAUCUGUAAAUAUGGAAAUAAUUUUCUUUUUUAUUUAAUGAGAUUUCUAUUGAGAAAUUGCUGCUUAUUUAGAUAUUCUUUUCAAUAUCUGAUUGCACAUCACAGGACAAGUUCUUCACAUUCAGAUGUAAUAGUUUACCAGCCUGUGGUUUCUUCUUUUUUUUUUUUUCUUUUUUUUCCAUGAAUUUACAAUAAAUACGGUUUGAAGCUUUCAAGCAGA